CUCCUCAUCACUACAUUCUACAAACCACUAACCCUUAAUUACAACCCCCCCCAAAACACACACACACCCAACACACACAACCAACCAACCAACCAACCAGCCAAAACCACAACAAUGCCACCCUACAUAAUCCAAAAAGCCUUCGUCUCAAUCCUCCGCCUCCUCACCCGCCUCGGCAACGCCAUCCCCGCACCCGACCCAACCACCACCGAAACAAUCUACAUCCCCUCGCGCACCCCCAACCGCACCAUAAAAGCCCAUCUCUACUCCCCCGCCUCAUCUACCACCGAAACCCAAGACACAGAGUCCAGCCCAGCAAAACAAUCCCCAUCAUCCUCACCCUCACCCUCACCCUCACCCUCACCCUCACCCACAACAACAACACCAAAAGCAACCGCACAACCGACCCCCAUCCUCCUCAACCUCAGCGGCAGCGGCUUCACCAUCCCAUCGCACGGCAUCGACGGCCCCUUUGCAAGCUACAUCACCGCAAACACACCCUACUCCGUGCUGGAUAUGCAGUACCGCCUGGCGCCUGAAAACCCCUUCCCCGCGGCGCUGGAAGACGCCUGCGACGCGCUGCAAUAUAUCCUUUCGCGGCCGGAGCGAUUCGACCGGACGAAGAUCGGACUGUCUGGGUUCAGCGCCGGCGCGGGCAUCGUGGUCUCGGUGGCGGCGAAUGCGGAGCGGCUGCUCCCGCCGGGCGUGGGGAAGGGCGCCGUGAGCACGCUGGUGGCGUUCUACCCCGUCGUGGAUGGCACGGUGCCGGCCGCGGAGAAGAAGGCGGAGCUGGAUCUGGGCCAGAAAAUGUUUAAUGGCAGUGUGCCGAGGUGGUUGAUGCGGUUCUUUGAGGGGUGUUAUUUGCGGAAUGGGCCGGGUGUGGACGAUGAGAGGAUUUCCCCUGGGAAGGCUGGCGCGAGGUUGGACGGCUUUCCGCAGCGGUGCCUUUUUGUUACCUGUGAGGGGGAUUCGUUGGCGAAGGAGGCGGAUGAUUUGGCGGGAAGGUUGAGGGACGAGGAGAGGGAGGUUAGGCUUGUUAAGGUGAAGGGGGUGGGGCAUGCUUGGGAUAAGGUCGCGAAGGAGGGGUCGUGGGAGGCACAGGAGAGGGACCGGGCCUAUGCGGCGGUCGUGGAUAUGUUGAAUCAGGGUUGAUUGAGGGAGAGAUGGAUGGAUGGGGUUGUACGAGUAUGGGUCAUCGGAUUCGUGGUUGAGUAUGGUAGGUAUAUAUAGUAUAGCACUAAGUUAUGGUGACGGGCUAGGCAAGGGCCGGCCAGUAUUUCUGCACAAUCGUCUUCU